AUGAAUCCAAUGUUAUCGUCAUGGCUGAGGACUGCAUCUUACACUGUAAGAGUGGUAUGUUUGAUACAUAUCAUCAACUUACACUUUUAUGAGUUCACAGAGACAAGAGGUGAAUCAAUGGUACCAACGUUAGCUGCCACCAACGACUAUGUACAUGCGCUUAAAAAAUACCGAAAUGGCAAAGGUGUAAAGAUCGGAGAUUGUAUUGUUGCUGUAAAGCCUACUGAUCCAGACCAACGUGUCUGUAAGCGAAUAACGGGUAUGCCUGGGGAUAUUAUUUUGGUGGAUCCAAGUAUGGGCUCCAAGCAAAAUAACCAAGUUGAUGAGCUUGAUUCAGAUGCGGUCCAACAGAUGGAAGAACAUUUCAACUCAUAUUUAAAAGUGCCGGAGGGCCAUGUUUGGGUUACCGGUGACAAUUUAUCACACUCUUUAGAUUCUAGAAGCUACAAUUCUCUGCCUAUGGGGCUGAUAAAGGGUAAAAUUGUGGCUGCGAAUGAUUUCAAUGAGCCAUUUUGGGGAGGUACGAGAGGCAAGUUCUGGGGGUUUAGAUGCAUUGAAAAUAGCUACAUUAAAGAAAACAGAAGUAGAACGUGA